AUGGGUAUUUCUCGUGACUCCCGCCACAAGCGCUCCGCCUCCGGCGCCAAGCGAGCCUUCUACCGGAAGAAGCGCGCUUUCGAGGCCGGCCGCCAGGCUGCCAACACCCGUAUCGGCCCCAAGCGAAUCCGAACCAUCCGCACCCGCGGCGGCAACCACAAGUACCGAGCCCUCCGCCUCGACACGGGCAACUUCGCCUGGGGCUCCGAGGGCUGCACGCGCAAGACCCGCAUCAUCGUCGUCGCCUACCACCCUUCCAACAACGAGCUCGUCCGCACCAACACCCUGACCAAGGCCGCCGUCGUCCAGAUCGACGCCGCCCCCUUCAGGCAGUGGUACGAGGCCCACUACGGCCAGUCCCUCGGCAGGAGGCGACAGAGGGCCCAGGCCGCCAAGGAGGGCAAGGAGGCCGGCGAGGAGGUCAAGAAGAGCAAGUCUGUCGAGAAGAAGCAGGCUGCUCGCUUCGCUGCCGGCGGAAAGGUCGACCCCGCUCUUGAGAAGCAGUUCGAGGCUGGUCGUCUUUAUGCUGUCAUUUCUAGCCGUCCUGGUCAGUCUGGCCGCUGCGACGGUUACAUCCUUGAGGGUGAGGAGCUCGCUUUCUACCAGCGCAAGCUCCACAAGUAA